UAACCGACUUCUAGGAGUUGGCCGAUCAGCUUGUCUCGUGAAAUGAUGUCUCAUAUGAUUUCUGAAGUUAAAUUAGUUUCCACCGUAUAAUUCAAUUGGAUUAUUCCAUUGCAGACGACUUGUUUCCUCAUGUUUGGGAAAAAUCCACCCAGAACUAGACAAGUUGACUUGAAGGUGAUAGCCAUAGUGCUGUUCUAUCCGAAAUAAUAUGAGUAUAAAUGUGACUUAACAUUUACUGCGUGUACAGUACGUCUACGUGAAACUUCGAAAGACGCUUCUUUCACUGCUUAUAGUUGUAUGAAGUUGGCGCUGAUGCUGAAGUGCACUACGUUGACCAUCGACUAGUCGUGGCCUUUGGUGACUGUCACUUUCGUGACUCACCUAACUAAAACUAGGAGUGACAUGACUGCUGUCGCUGCUGGGGCUAGGGUUGUGUUGACAAGAGGUCAGCCUCGGGCUCGCCAGCGGCACAAUGCGUGGUUGGUUUGAUGCGUUCCGCACGGAGGGCGGACCAACCCUCUACGCCUACAGCAACCGCACCAGCGUAACCUGUGACGUCACCACCAUCACCAUAAUUCUCGUCUUUCUCACCAUAUUCUGCGCAUUUUGUAUCAUAUUCCCUGGAGUCAGGAAAGAGAGGAUAUCAACAUUUGCCACCGUGUCCCUGAGUCUCGCCACAGGGCUCAUCAUAACCAUGUCCAACCACGCGUCUGGCUGGGAGUCAGCUAGUGGGGAGAUCGUGUCGUCGUACCGAGCGUUCUCCCGCGACAAGAUCCAUGCGAACAUCAUGGUAUCUGUGGGGCUAGACCAUGCCAACGUCAGCCUCAGGGUCAUACCACAGCACAACAGAACACUAGACAUCAACUUCAAUGAGCGCUUCCAUUGGAUCAAACCGAACGAUCUGAAGGAGCACUACGUAAAGGCGUUAGCCAAAGGCCUACCGUACCCACUGUUGACGGUGGCAGAAUAUUUGUCGUUGGACAAAGAAGGUUUCUCGUGGGGCCGCAGCUACAGGACUGCCGGCUACUACACCAGCAUCAUGUUGUGGUCUGCCUUCACAACAUGGCUGCUGAGUUGCCUUCUUCUAGUUACCGUGCCACGAUACGGAGCCUACCUCCUCGCCAUUACUGGUACUCUCAUGGGCUUUGCGUGCCUAGUAUUCUGGAUGCUGAGGCCCGCCACGCCACUCGUCCUCAGGUUCGAGGAGACGGCCAUCACGUUCAGCCUGGGCUGGUGCUUCUGGCUCGUCUUGAUAUGGGGAUGUGUAAUCGGAGUUGCUGGCUGUUCCAUCGCCACCCUCGACUGGGUGUUCCCUCACAGAUUUUCAACAAUCUUGGAUCUUGAUUUCGACACCCCGUACGACCGGCACACGAUCAUCGAGGACUCGCACGAUACCAGAAAGAGAAGGUUCAAGAUCCCGCGUCUUGAAGAGCCUAUCAACGCUGGUCUUCACGCCGGCUCUCGUCUUCUUAGAAGACUUUCCAAACGAAGCACCAAAGAACCGUCGGCAGGGAAGCACGAAAGCAACCCCGCUGGAGGGCACGAUAAUCCAACAUUCAAUAUGGAAGAGGCUCCAAAAUCAUCUUGGAGGACUUCCACUUCUAUCUUGCGCACAGAUUCCAAAAAGUCCAGCAGGUCUGUCAGAUCUGGGAAGUCUGUGAGAGUCAGAUCAGACUCCCAAAGAUCGAACAAUUUUCUCGAGCUGCCGCCCCAGCCUACCGAAGUGGAGGAAAAUCGACCGAGUUCUUACGCUCGGUCGGACUCUGAACAGAGCAGAAUGUCGAUCGGUUCUGGGGGCUCAGAUCACAAGAGCGUCAGUUUUGAAGGGGACAUUGACGCUAACGAACUUCAAAGCGUCGUUGUCGACGAAGAAAAUCAUUCAGUUUCGAGGCAAGAUUCGACGGAGUCAAGUGCUUCCACUUCAUCGUAUGGGUUGAAAGCUUUAUCGAGAGGCUCUAGUGUCCGAAAAACUACUGGUGGAGCCGAGGAGAACACGCACGAGGGUGUAACGCGCUCCACAUCUGCCAACAUAAUCGUCUUCCAUCGAACUGAUUCCAGAGGACAACUCCAGAGGUUAUCAGGAGAAGUGGUUGAGAUCCAAACAGAUGACUCCUACGAGCCCUGGUAAUCAUGGCUUCCAGUUCCCUAUUUAUCUUCCCAUUAUUUUUAGCGCAUCUCCAUGACAUGACUGGAGGUAACUGGUCUGAUUAUCCCAAUGACUUUCAUACAUGCACAGUAAACACGAGGGGCGUGAUGUGCGAGAAGGCCUCUGCUUUUUCUGUGAACGAAAUAAGAUAGCCGAAGUCAACAGGAGCCGCGCGGUUGUUGACAAUUCAUGACUUGGUUUUAAACUAUUAGAGUAUUUUUGGAAUUUAUCUUGUUUAUAAUCUUUGGCCUUAAGGAAAUUAAUCGUUUCACCUUGUCAGGGUUUUAGCGUGCAAAAGUUUUUAAAUCGUCUGCUUGUCUACAGUCGUUUGAUCGGAAUUGAACAUCAGGCUGAUAGGAGUUUCGUGUGCAGAUGUAUUUAGGACCGUGUCAUUUAAUUAAUGUCGCUCCAGAUGAACGGCGUGAUGUGUAAAUUGGAAUGCAUCUGUGAUGAAAAUGUUGUUCAACAACAUAUGCAUUAUUUUUAGAUUUAAGUAGUUAGCUCGUAGCAAGAAGAAAUGUCGUAUUUCUAAAUAGUAGUGAAUAUAUUCCAGUAUAAUGAAUUUUUUCCAGCGAUGUGGUGGAGUAGAACUGAUGUGCAGCACCUGAUGAUAAAACAGGUCAUCCAGUUUUAGGCUUCGUUUGCGCGUUUUAUUGCGAAUUUGUGUGCAAAGUAACACGUUCGCCUCUUCCAAUAUUUUGUACAAUUUUAACAAUAAUCGCGAUUUUUAGGAAGAGUGAACUCUAUUGCAAGUUUGGCUUCUCGAACUUUAUAGUUGAGAUCGGAAGUGCUGGGCCAAUAUUUAAAAUAUUUAAACUAUUAUUUUAAAUUUGUUAAUGUACUUAAUUGAUCACAUUUUAAACUGAUGCCUUGUACGAAACUGGCGAGCUGUUUUUAUUUAGGUUGAUUUUUUACGAAAAAUAGCGCUCUGCCAUUUUAUGCGCACAAUCAGUCCCGUGUUGCGAACUAAGAACUGCUUGCCUCAUAUUGUUAUAUUAAACGUUUACAAUGAAA